UAUACAUAGGUCUUUGGACGAGAGUCACCAGAAGGUCUCUCAAUCUUCAAGAGCUACGACCAAAUCGGCAUUUAGGACAAGACCGCUAUGAGCUGGAACUCUGAUUUCAUUGAAACUCUUGAGCUCCGCAACCUCUUUCAUGGCGCAGUCCAGUCCAUCACUGCUGUUGCCGCCUGCAAGGAGCUUAUGGUGCCCACGCUCCAUGACGACGGGAGCUGGGCGAAACACGCACUCAUCUGCAGCACAAUCCCUCGACACCUGAGGUCGACAAUCAAGUGCCGUUGCAUAUACAAGACCCUCGACGAGAACGAGCGCCAGCUUGUACCGCUAUUCAAGCGUGUCUACUAGAUAUGCCGUAUACACCCUGUCACAUCCUCUACACUUCUCCCCUUUUUUCGUUUUAGUACCAUCGCGUGCCUCUGGAGUCUGCGGUACGCACGGCACUGAAGAUAACGGACCCUGUACAUACCUUGAGGCUCAGAACAAGAUGUAGCGGAAAGUGGUUAUCAUAGUGUCGGGGAAAAAGUUCGUCUCAUAUCCCAAUGAUCAGAUAUCAUGUUUAUACACAGUUUGUUCCGGGUUUCACUCACCUUGCGGGAGUUGUAGAGUGUUCAUUAUAAGAGGCCAAC